ACAAUACGUAGACAUUAUAUAUAAGGUAAGCUAGCUAUGGCUUUAGUUGGGUUUUGGGUCCGCAUAAAAAUCAGUGUUUUUCUCUUCUCAUCUCACUUCCGAAACGAAAAUGGCUUCCUAAUGACCCACCCGGACCCCCACCUUGCCUGGCCAUGUUCCAGGCAAUCUCUCUCCCGCCGCACCAACCGCUCCAGUUCACGCCGCCGCAGAGCCAGAACAGCUCCCUCCACUCCGCUCAUUCCCUGGAACUUCCGCACCUUCGUCUCCACUACCCUUCGCCCUCGUUCUCCGCUGCCUGAAGCUGUUGUUCGUCUCUCCGCCAGAAAACUCGCCGCCGGCCUCUGGCAUCUCCACUUUAAAGAACUCUCUUUCGGUCCAUCCACUGAUAAUUCUCUGUUCACUCCACCAACUCAUGAUCGUCGUUCUCGUCCUCUGAUUGAAUCUUCUUUGCCGUAUCCCAAUUGUGUCUCGAAGAAAAAAACAAAUGGCAGCUAUGAUAUUUGCUCAAAAGCAUCCAAUGGGGUCUACUACAUUUUCAGUCACCAGAAGACUGAUCACAAACAACAAAGUACUAGUCUGUCCAUAACUUCGGCACUGCAAGCAGAAGUAUCGCAUUGUAGAUCGCGCAUUAGAGAGCUUGAGGCUAAGAAGCUGUCCUUGAAGACGAAAGUUAAACAUCUGUUGAAUAAGCUUCAAGGUGAAAGAAUCCCUUGGCAAAGAGUAGACCAGGACAAAAAUUGUGCUGUCCUUGGGGACUUAGCGAGUGAAUUGGUGAAGGAGAGGAAAAGCCGUCAGAGGAUGGAAAUUCUCAAUGCCAAGUUGGUGAAGCAGUUAGCCGAAAUCAAGUUGUCCACGGAGCAAUUGAUAGGGGACUAUGAAGAAGAGAAAAGAAACAGAGAACUUGUGGAAGAAGUUUGUGAUAAACUUGCUCAAAGGAUAGGAGAAGACAAAGCUGAAGUUGAGAAAUUGAAGAUGGAAUAUGUUAAAGUUCGCGAAGAGCUGGAAGAAGAGAGGAAGAUGUUGCAGUUGGCAGAGGUUUGGCGAGAAGAACGAGUUCAGAUGAAGCUGGUUGAUGCAAAGAUUGCUCUUGAAGAUAAGUUUGAGAUGAUGAACACAUUGAUCUUAGAAUUCGAAAGUUUCUUGAGGUCUGCUUGUGGUUCCCUAAAUGAGAUGGAGUUAAGAGAAGCCGAAAGGAUUCUUAAAGCAGCAGUAAGAUCAUUGAGCAUUCAAGAUCAAAUGGAGGAAUUCUCAUAUGUUCCCCCCAAGUCAAAUGACAUAUACUCCAUAAUGGAGGAAUUGCAGGAAUGUUAUGCCAAGGAGGAGAAAGUUGGACCCUCCAAUAGUCUUAAUGGAUCUACAAUGGCGAGUCAUGAGAUCAAUGGAUGUGACAAGAACCUUGUUCUACUGUAUUCGAAUUGCCUCAGCGAUUACAACAGCGUUUUCGAUGAAGGUACAACCAGAGCCUGUGCCUCCGUAAGCUGCACAAAGGAUCAGUGUUCUUGUCAUUCACCAGAAAGCUCUAAUUCCUCCCUUAAAAGUGCCAACCAUACCAACAAUGAUAUUUUGAGAAACAGAAUUGAAUCUAAUGAAGAUGGAGGGAAAUUAUCUCCUACAAGUUCAGAAAUUAGUCAGGUUUCAGUAUCAACAAAGAAAUCGAAACGGAGUUCAUCAUCUGUUUCAAAGAUUUUGAGAUCAGCUCAAAUUUACAAGACUGUCUCUAGUGAUGAGGGUGACCAAAGGGUUUCGAAUGGGACAAUGUCGUGUAUGAAAACGUGUUCAUCACCAGUUAGAGGUAAGCUGAGACACCGAGCACAGUGGAUCUCGGCGAAAUUGGCGAAUCCACACAUCACUAGAGGGAUGAAAGGGUGUAUUGAAUGGCCACAACCACAAGCAAUCCAAAACAAUGUUGUGAAGGCUAAGCUUCCACUUUCAGAAGCAAGAAUCGAAAGCCAGAAAUCACAGUUGCGCCACUUUCUUAAACCAAAGAAUUAGGUGAAUUCUGUUCUCAUUUAUUUUGGUCAAGUAUGUGUAAGAAUUUAGCCAUUCAUUUCUCUCACAAUUUAUUUUUAGGGUACUAGUGUAAGCAGUGAAAGACAUAUUCAGUUGAACACAAAACCACAUACAUGUCUCUCUCUCUCUCUCUCUCUCUCUCUCUCUCUCUCUCUCUAAUAUAGUCUAUAUAUGUAUAAUAUUAUGUAAUGCUUUAUACUCCAUAGAAAGUAAUAUAUCUCAUCUGCUAUAGUAGUAGUGUUCAAUUA